AUGUGCCGCAUCUGUGGCCGCGUUGUGAAGUGCAUCUUUGAUUCGAUGCCAUCGAGGAGCCCUUCACAGGCGACGAAGCAAUUCAGAAAGCUACAGCCCCGAUCACAGACCAGGUCGCACCAUGUAUCCGCCCAGUCAGUCGUCCGGCCGGCUCUGAACAUCUCCAAAGCAACAUCUCAACCACCGACCUUCCUCCUCCCUUUCCGCGCAAAGCUGCAUCAAGCCACGAGACAGCAAGCGACAGGCUCUCAAGUCGAAUUCAAACCCUUCAGCGAAGGUCUCCCCCCAACACUAUUACAGACCACCUCUGAAUCUUCUCCGUCCACGACCAGCGACAGCGAGGGAGCACACAUCAGCAAAACCUCAACCCAAAGCCUUUCACGACCCCUCGUCCUCUCAAAAUCCCUCCAGGAGCUCCUCCCCAAACUUCGCGCCCAGAAACCGCACUACAUCACCGCACACAUCCAUCGCUUCCCAUACCUACUGACGGAAGGCGACCUGGUGCGCCUACCCUUCCACAUGAAAGACGUGCUGCCAGGAGACAUCCUACGCCUCAACCGAGCCAGCAUCAUCGGCUCGCGAGAAUACACGCUCAAGGCGGGCAUGAGCAACACAGAGUCCUACGACACCAAGCGCACCGGCGAACCCAACUACCUGGACGAGCGACUGUUCGAGCUCCGCCUCCGCGUCAUGGGCCUGGAGACCGGCCCGAUGAUGGAGACGGAGAAGAAGAAGCGCAGGAAUCGACACCGCCGCAUCAUCCACAGUAAGCAUAAAUACACCAUGCUCCGCGUCAUGCAGCUCAAGGUCAAGAGUCUGGAGGAGUUGCGUGCUGAGAAGGGAACUUUGUUGUUGGAGGCGUAG